AGCGCGUUCGAGAGCAGCGAAACAGGCAGCAGCCGCUUUGGAUAUCUUCAACGGAAUCAAAGAGCAACUUUCAAGUUGCCCGGAACGCACCCGUGCCCUUUGCCGGACUGUAUGGGGUACCCUCUCGCUGUCCCUUAGCACAGCGCUCCAAGCGGCGACCAUCGAGGACGCCAUCGGCGGCGGCGGCGGCUCCGGAUCCAGGGGAUUACAGGAUCCAGGGGGAGGCGGCGGCGGAGGAGGAGGAGGAGGCUCCGUCUCCGGCUCGAGCUCGGGUCGCUUUGCCACCAUAAUGGGCGCCGUUAAGUCGCGCACCAUCACCAGCGCCGAUGUGGACGCCGAUGAGCAGCUGCAGCAUCCCCAUCCGCACUCGCAUUCGCAAUCACAUCACCAUCACUCGAUGCGCAAUGGCCACCAGCACAAUGGUUCCAUCUCCAGCGGCACGCUGCAGAAACAGGAUCUGCGCUAUGACAUCGGCUGCAGUUCCCAGUACCAACACGUCCGGCAGCCCAGCUUGCGGAGCCGGAGUCAGCAGCCCAUGCCGACCACGGUCGAGCUGGACCGGCGAUUCGCCAAAGUUCUGGCUUCGAUGGACUUGCCACCGGAUAAGGCAAAGCUACUUCGUAACUACGAUGACGAGAAGAAAUGGGACAUGAUAUGCGAUCAAGAAAUGGUGCAGGCCAAGGAUCCGCCCUCACAUUACUUGAGUAAACUGCGAACAUAUUUGGACCCAAAGGCAUCACGGAGUCAUCGGCUUUAUCUCUUCUACUUUCUUUGUCAGAAACGAAAAAUGGUCGGCGAGUCCACGUCCACCCAGGUGCUCCGGGAUCUGGAGAUCUCGCUGCGCACGAACCACAUCGAGUGGGUGAAGGAGUUCCUGGAUGACACGAACCAGGGCCUGGAUGCCCUGGUUGAAUAUCUCAGCUUCCGGCUGCAGAUGAUGCGGCACGAGCAGCGCCUCCAGGGUGAGCUUUGUGCCUCCGAGGAGCGAUUGAAUCUCACGAGCGGCGGCGAUGGCGGUGAGAUGGUGAUCGGCAACAGUAGUUCCCUAAGUCCCGGCGGCGGAGGAGGUGUCAUGUCCCACGGGAGCAGUACAGGUCAUGGUCUGGCCAAUGGCACUCUGGAUUCGAGGCAACAGCACGGGAUCACGUUGUCAUAUGGAUUUCUGCGACCCACCAUUUCCGAUGCCCUCGAUAGUCCCAGUUUGAAACGGAGGUCACGGCACAUUGCCAAAUUGAACAUGGGUGCCGCCACGGACGAUAUCCAUGUGUCCAUUAUGUGUCUGCGUGCCAUCAUGAACAAUAAGUAUGGCUUUAACAUGGUCAUCCAGCAUCGCGAGGCCAUCAACUGCAUCGCUCUGAGUCUCAUCCACAAGUCGCUAAGGACGAAGGCCCUGGUUCUGGAGCUACUGGCGGCCAUUUGCCUGGUGAAGGGCGGACACGAGAUCAUUUUGGGCUCGUUCGACAACUUCAAGGAUGUGUGUCAGGAGAAGCGGCGCUUCCAGACCCUCAUGGAGUACUUCAUGAACUUCGAGGCCUUUAACAUAGAUUUCAUGGUUGCAUGCAUGCAGUUCAUGAACAUAGUGGUGCACUCGGUGGAGGACAUGAACUACAGGGUACACCUGCAGUACGAGUUCACGGCUCUGGGGCUGGACAAGUAUCUGGAGCGGAUUCGACUGACAGAGUCGGAGGAGCUUAAGGUACAGAUCUCGGCCUAUUUGGACAACGUCUUCGAUGUGGCCGCCUUGAUGGAGGACUCCGAGACGAAGACAUCGGCUCUGGAGCGAGUCCAGGAGCUGGAGGAUCAAUUGGAACGAGAAGUAGAUCGUAACUCUGAGUUCCUCUACAAGUAUGCGGAAUUGGAGUCCGAGAAUCUUACGUUGAAGACGGAGCGAGAGCAGCUGGCGAUGAUUCGCCAAAAGCUGGAGGAGGAACUCACUGUCAUGCAGCGGAUGUUGCAGCACAACGAACAGGAGUUGAAGAAGCGGGACACCCUUCUGCACACAAAGAACAUGGAGCUGCAGACACUAACGCGCUCCUUGCCACGAUCUUCCUCCAGUGGGGAUGGUUCCCUGGUGAACGGUGGCCUCCUGGCUGGUUCCUCUUCGGGGGCAGCAUCGCUUACACUGCCACCACCUCCGCCUCCAAUGCCCGCCUCACCCACCAUGUCAGCUGCUCCUCCGCCGCCACCGCCACCAGCCCCACCGGCUCCACCGCCACCGCCAAUGAUGCCGGGCAUCAGUCCGCUGGGCAGUCCGAACGACAGUUUCACCUCGACGGUGACAUCGCCACCACAUGCCCCGCCCACGCUUGGCUCCUUCCAGCCACCACCGCCCCCUGUGGCCGGCUCUAUGCCCGCUCCCGAUGGCGCCAUGACCAUCAAGCGCAAGGUGCCCACCAAAUACAAGCUACCCACCUUGAACUGGAUAGCUCUGAAGCCUAAUCAGGUGCGUGGCACAAUCUUCAAUGAGCUGGAUGACGAAAAGAUCUUCAAGCAAAUCGACUUCAACGAGUUCGAGGAGCGAUUUAAGAUCGGCAUUGGCGGCGCCUUGCGCAAUGGCAGCAGUGGAACCGAAGUCGAUGGGUCGCUGCAAUCCAGCAAACGCUUCAAGAGGCCCGACAAUGUCUCGCUACUGGAGCACACGAGGUUAAGAAAUAUUGCAAUCUCCCGUCGCAAGCUGGGUAUGCCCAUUGACGAUGUCAUCGCUGCCAUCCAUAGUCUGGACCUGAAGAAACUCUCGCUGGAGAACGUCGAGCUUCUGCAGAAGAUGGUGCCCACAGAUGCCGAGAUCAAGUCCUACAAGGAGUACAUCAUCGAGCGCAAGGACCAGCAGCUGCUCACCGAAGAGGAUAAGUUCAUGCUGCAGUUGUCGCGAGUGGAGCGCAUCUCGUCCAAGCUGGCCAUCAUGAACUACAUGGGCAAUUUUGUCGAUAGCGUCCAUCUCAUUAGCCCGCAAGUGCAAUCGAUAGCUGGUGCUUCGACUUCCCUGAAACAAUCGCGGAAAUUCAAGGCGGUUUUGGAAAUAGUCCUAGCUUUUGGCAACUAUCUCAACAGCAAUAAGCGGGGACCAGCCUACGGCUUCAAACUGCAAUCGCUGGACACGCUGAUCGAUACGAAAUCCACCGAUAAGCGAUCAUCCCUGCUUCACUAUAUUGUGGCCACCAUUCGGGCCAAGUUUCCGGAAUUGCUGAACUUCGAGAGUGAGCUGUAUGGCACAGACAAGGCUGCGUCGGUGGCACUGGAGAAUGUGGUGGCCGAUGUUCAGGAGCUGGAGAAGGGCAUGGAUCUGGUGCGCAAGGAGGCGGAGCUACGGGUGAAGGGUGCCCAGACGCACAUACUGCGUGACUUCCUCAAUAACAGCGAGGACAAGUUGAAGAAGAUCAAGAGCGACCUGCGGCAUGCACAGGAAGCCUUCAAGGAGUGCGUGGAGUACUUUGGUGACUCUUCGCGAAAUGCCGAUGCGGCUGCCUUCUUCGCGCUUAUCGUGCGCUUUACAAGAGCGUUUAAGCAACUCGACCAGGAGAACGAGCAGCGUCUGCGACUGGAGAAGGCCGCUGCGUUGGCCGCAUCCAAAAAGGAGAGCGAUCAGGUGCUUAUGCGCAACAAGGUGAACCAGAAGAAGCAACAGUUGCCCUCAAACGGCGCGUUAUCCUUGCAGGAAGCGGUCAUCAAUGAGCUGAAGAGCAAGGCGCACUCGGUGCGCGAGAAGAAGCUGCUGCAGCAGGAUGAGGUGUACAACGGAGCCCUGGAGGACAUCCUGCUGGGGCUGAAGAGCGAGCCGUACCGGCGGGCAGAUGCAGUGCGGCGGUCGCAGCGCCGGAGGAUCGACAAUAACCGUCUGUCGCGCACCCUGGAGGAAAUGGAUUGCUAGGCAGGAAAUCAAGAUCGACGCAACGACGACGACGACGGGGCAAUGGCAACGAAUCGAAAAUCAAAAUUCACACUGAAACAAAAACAGAAUGAAAAACGGAAAUGAGAACUUACAGAUACUGCAAUAUGUGAUUGGGCGAUUAAAUUGUUUUCGACACACUCGUACACAAAACACAAACUCACAUUCCCUUCCAUACAAAACCUAUUACUUUCGAAUAUUUUCCAAUUUAACUAUAAGACCAGUCGGAUACGGCCCACCGUAUCUCGCAAUCCCAUUACCCAAUGGAACUUUUAGCAUCGAAAACCGCAAGCACAAGAUCCAUCCCUUCUGUGAAUCUCGCCUUAAAUUUUGAGAGACAUUUUUUAUCGCCAAAAUUUUGUUUUUAAAAACGCAUUUUAAUUUGGUUGCUUAGAGCUUAAGUUGAACUUGAAAAUUCGAAUGGUGUAUUUAUCAAAUCUUUUAUUGUUAAAUAAUGAUUUAAAUUUUAAUCUGUGUACAUAUAUAUACCUGCAUAUAUAUAACUAUAUAUGUUCUAUUUAAUUUUAUUUUCUUACGCUUAAGUUUUAACCAAAUUUGGAAUAGCUUGCUGCAUCCAUCUGAGAUGGCAAAACCGCAUGAAUAUGGAGAACCAAACUCCGCACAUUAAUUAAUUGUAUCUUUUUAGUAAGUCAUAUAAGCAAUGAAUUGUAAGAAAAGAGAGAUGAUGCAUUAAACUUUUGUAUAUUUUCCUAUUUAAA